CACAUUAAAUAAUAAUAUAUCUUCAAUUAGACGUGUGUUGGUAAUUUUGACGAUGUCUGUCCGUCCUCUAACCCCCGACCUGGCGGAGAAGGCCAGGGUUGAGCUCAAUGAAGACCCAAAGCGUUUGCCAGGCGACAUCCAGCAUUUGAAGGAUUGGUUGGCCAAGCAACCGCAUUUAAAAACUAGGACAGAUGAUCAAUGGCUGGUGGCCUUCCUCCGAGGAUGUAAGUUUAGUUUAGAACGUACCAAAGAGAAGUUCGACUUGUACUAUACUAUUCAAAGUACCGCUCCAGACAUGUUUAGUAUUGAUCACAAACAUCCAAAGUUUUUUGAGAUUUUGGAUCUGGGUGUCAUUAUAUUGAUUCCGGGCGGUGAAGAUGUGACAAAGCCCAGGAUAUCUCUGGUGAGGCCCGGCGCCUACGAUCCCGAUAAAUAUAAUAUUCUGGAAAUUAUGUCUGUAUCACACUACUUACAAAAGAUUGUAAUGUGGGAAGAUGACCAGGCAAUCGUGUCAGGAAUCCGAACAGUUCUGGACUUAAAUAACGUAACAAUGACACAUUUUCUACAAAUGACACCAAUGGUAAUGAAGAAAAUGGUUGUCAGUGGUCAAGAUGCUACUCCAUUCAGGUUGAAAGGCACCCAUUACUUAAAUACUCCUCCUGGAUUUGAAGUGGUUUUCAACGCUAUAAAGGGCUUGCUUAAUGAAAAAAAUAAAAGCAGGUUGUACGUGCACAACAAAAAUUAUGAAGAAAUGUACAAGGUUAUACCAAAGGACCAUUUACCGGCAGAAUACGGAGGAAAUGCAGGCACUAUCCAGGAUAUCACGAAUUACUGGAAGUAUAAGGUACAAGAGUACAGCGCUCUUCUGGACGAGGAACUGCAAUACGGUACUGACGAGUCGAAACGUCCGGGCAAGCCAAAGACUGCUGAAACCUUGUUCGGGAUCGAGGGCUCUUUCAGACAACUAGAAUUCGACUACGAGUCGACUCUGGGGUUCAAAGUUGUGAGGACCAAUAUUGACUCGCCAAGAGCACUUAGUGAAAACAAUUUGAAGAUGUCGAUACGACCUUUGAAUCCUGAGUUAGCUGAGAAGGCACGAGUUGAGCUAAACGAAGACCCUAGGAAAGUAAAAGAUGACGUACAGCACCUUAGAGACUGGUUGGCUAAACAGCCUCACAUCAGAGCAAGGACGGAUGAUCAAUCUCUGGUCACGUUCCUUCGAGGCUGCAAGUUCAGCUUGGAGCGAGCGAAACAAAAGAUUGAUCUCUACUACACUUUCCGAUCAGCUUGUCCUGAGUUUUUCACCAUCAAACAUACCCAUCCUAGAUUCCUGGAGGUUUUGAACUUAGGGGGUAUGCUGUUUUUACCUAAAACUUGGGGUCCAGCUACUCCAGCAGUCAACAUCGUCAGACCCGGAAAAUUCGACCCAAAUAAGUACAACAUAUUGGAUAUGAUGGCUGUUGCGAAUGUUUUACAGAAAAUAAUACUCCAUGAAAAUGACAAUGUAAGUAUAGCCGGUGUUCGGGGUAUUAUGGACAUGGAAGGUGCAUCUAUGGCACAUUUCUUACAAAUCACACCGAUGAUGAUGAAAAAAAUGGCAGUUUUCUCGCAGGACGCAGCACCAGUCCGCAUGAAAGGGUUCCACUACCUGAACACUCCUCCAGGUUUCGAAACACUGUUUAAUCUUAUGAAGCAGUUCUUAAACGAGAAAAACAAGAGCAGGUUGUUUGUACAUAACAAAAACUAUGAAGACAUGUACAAGCAGAUACCUAAAGAGAUUUUGCCAACGGAGUACGGUGGAAACGGUGGAUCUAUAGCAGAAAUCUUAGAUUAUUGGCGAGUCAAAGUACAACAGUACAGUGCUUGGUUAGAUGAGGACGAACAGUAUGGCGUCGACGAAUCUAAACGACCUGGCAAGCCCAAGACUGCUGAAGACCUAUUUGGAAUAGAGGGCUCCUUCAGACAACUGGAUUUUGACUAGUUUUACAUUGCCGUUGUUGUUUAGUAAUUUUAAAAUUGUGUGGAAGUAAUAAAAUUGUUCAAAUUUU